CCGGUUACUUGCUCUCCUAUCAGAUUAUCAGCCACCGUCAGUCUAGCCGUGAGUUCCAAAUUGCUGGCCAUAGUCUCACGAAUCAGUCACCUGAAAGCAACUUAGGAUUGUCAAAUACACUACUUUUUCGUUCUUUGCCGGCAGCAUUCUCCCAUCGCUCCCCAGGCACUAUUCUCAGAGGAGGGUGACAAAGCGAAGGGGCUGAGAAAUGGCGAGCUAUCUCUGGAGAAAAUACGCCGACUAUCUUUACACCAAGUGGGAGCGAACCCUUCUCUGGGAUAUGAUUGAGCCGUACAGGAGACCCAAAUCCUUCACUCCCCUUGUCACCAUUUAUAUUGCGGCUUUUUACACUGGUGUCAUCGGUUCCGCCAUCACCGAACAACUCUACAAGGAAAAAUAUUGGGAAGAUCACCCUGGGGAAGCUGUACCACUUAUGAAACCAAAGUUCUAUGGUGGACCCUGGAGGAUCUUCAGAGGGGAGGCCAUGGCACCUAGUCAGUCAGAAUCACAGUGAUCUGCUUAGAGAGCCAUGCAGCAUUUUCUACGUUCCUCCUCUGGACUUUGCAUAAAAAUUGAAGCUUUAUAUAGUAUUUAGCAAUCAAGCAUUGUAUUGCCCUGUCUGAAAAUAAUCAAAGCAGACCUUGAUGUGGUGAUAAACUGAUAACUUGUCAUUGCUGGUUGAGUCAAAGUAUUUUCCGACCCCAACAUUUUCUUAUCUGGGAUUGCUAUCCAACAAAUUUUUAUGUUUUCUCACUGCGUGGAAUCACUUGUUUGUUAGGGUCUCACAUCACUUCUUCAUUCCUUGAGUACUCAUUUUCCAGACUCGAGGAAGACUGCAAAAUUCAGAGGUUACCAAUCAUCGAAUUCUUGCAUCUCUUGGUCUGCAUGAUGGUGAUCUUGCUCCUUGAUGUUGGGGUUGUUCACCAGGGACUAACAAGGCCCGAGAUUAAGUCUGUAAAUUUUUCUCAUUAACCGUUAGUACUUUUUUAACCAAAAAUAUAUCAUUGUAUAAUCA